AUGUUUAAUAUAUAUUUUCUUUCUCCCUCCUUCUCUCUCUCGUUCUUUGCAACCUCCAGGGGUUUUGGCAAACAAGGAUUCCAAUGUCAAGUUUGUUCGUAUGUGGUGCACAAGCGCUGUCACGAAUAUGUGACGUUCAUAUGCCCGGGCAAGGAUAAGGGAAUCGAUUCCGAUUCGCCACAAACAGUUCAUCAUUUCGAACCAUUCACAUUUGGUGGGCCCACAUUUUGCGACCAUUGUGGUUCGCUACUCUAUGGCAUCUACCAUCAGGGUCUCAAAUGCUCAGCAUGUGACAUGAAUGUGCAUGCCCGCUGCAAGGAGAAUGUGCCGAGCUUGUGCGGUUGCGAUCACACCGAACGUCGUGGACGCAUCAAUUUGGAAUUAAAUGUGAAGGAGAAUUUGCUGACGGUGCAAAUCAAAGAAGGCCGUAAUCUCAUUCCAAUGGACCCAAAUGGUCUUAGUGAUCCCUAUGUUAAGGUCAAACUAAUUCCAGAUGAGCAUGAAAAAUCCAAGAAGAAGACGCGCACCAUCAAGGCUUGCCUAAAUCCUGUGUGGAAUGAAACCAUCAAAUAUGAUCUCAAGCCAGAAGACAAAGAUCGGCGUGUACUUAUCGAGGUCUGGGAUUGGGACCGCACAUCGCGGAAUGAUUUUAUGGGCGCUUUGUCGUUCGGUAUAUCCGAAAUUAUUAAGGUGAGUUAUUAACAUUUUUUAGAACGA